AUGCUCAGAGCAAAUUUGCCCGUCCAAUAUGAAGGUCAGACUUUGGAUAAGUGCGCAGAGGCUGCAGACAAAGUCCUCGAGCAGGCACGUGCUUUUGAUUCACGGUCCUACGCACUCACCAGCACCUCUGUUACUCCACCAAAUCCCACUGUGAACUCUGCGUCAACAACCACCCAGCACAACGCACCUGGUAACAACUCUAGCAUUCAGAUGGCAUGCCAGGAGGUCCGCCGUUUAAUGCAGGUGGUGGAACAGCACGAGACCACCAUCAUUAGUUUGCGUCCAUGA